AUGACCAGAAUCCUUUCCAUUCCAGUGGGCCCAAGACCUAUGAUCUACGAGUAGAUCGGCCGGAGCCCUAUCGACCUAGCCCCAUCCCCAUUUUCAAGCAUCUUGACCACAUAGAGGGAAAGCAGGAACCCAGUUUACGCUUCCAAGUCUUCUCAACUUCUAUUCCUCACGUUCCCCCAUUGUGAUCAUCACCAUUUUCAUUCUUUCCAGUCAUAUCAAGGAGCCUGUCUACUCUUCCCUAACUGAUCGCGCACUAGAGCUGACAAAGAAACUCCAAAAUGUACAACAACGUGUGUUGGUAGUUCUCGCUGGGCUCCCGGGUUCGGGCAAAACGACUAUCGCAGAUCAUGUUGUACAACGUCUUAAUUCCACUACCAACGCCACCGAGCCCUUGGCAGUCGUUCUCCCCAUGGAUGGCUUCCAUCUACCACGAUCGAUGCUGGACGUACUCCCAAACAAGGCAGAGGCAUAUGCAAGACGGGGCGCCAAUUGGACUUUCGAUGGAGUAGGCGUAUUGAAACUAGUCAAAGUCCUCUCAGAAUCACGAACUAGAAUCUCAGAUACAAUCCUUGCCCCGAGUUUCGACCACGCUGUGAAGGAUCCAGUAGCAAAUGGCAUAGUUAUAUCUCCAAACAUCAAGUUGGUCAUAUUGGAAGGCAACUACUUGCUCUUGAAUGAGGAUCCAGGGAGUCAGAUCAACAAAUUGGUGGAUGAUACAUGGUUUGUUGAUGUUGAUCCAGAUUUGGCAAGAAAUCGGAUUGCCAAACGACAUAUCAAGGCAGGCAUUGAGUUGACGUGGGAGGAUGCGGUUAAGAGGGCCGAAGGAAACGACUUGUUGAAUGGCGUUGAGAUCAGGAAGAAGCUUGUCAAGCCGGCAUUCCUCAUACAAAGCGUCGAGGAGUGA